GGGAAUCUCAUCUCACCCCUUCACCACCAGUAAACCGAACCCAAAAUGGCGUCCGUCGACGUCGACGUCCGCAAGGUCUCCAUCCUCGGCAAGGAGUCCAUCCACUGCGGCUUCCACCUCGUUCCAUACAUUGUCAAGAUCGUAACCGCAACACUGCCAUCGUCGACGUAUGUCCUCAUCACAGACACCCAUGUCGGCAGCCUCCACCUCCCUGCCUUCCAGACAGAGUUCAGUCGCGCGCAAACGAACUCGAGGUUUCUCAGUUACGUGGUUUCGCCUGGGGAGACGAGCAAGAGCCGGGAGGGCAAGGCGGAGAUCGAGGACUUCCUUCUGUUGAACAAAUGCACGCGCGACACCGUCAUCCUCGCGCUUGGAGGAGGCGUCAUCGGAGACUUAGUGGGCUUCGUUGCAGCAACCUUCAUGCGAGGUGUGCGCUUCGUGCAAAUCCCGACAACACUACUGGCGAUGGUCGAUUCGAGCGUCGGAGGAAAGACUGCGAUCGACACUCCCCACGGCAAGAACCUCAUCGGCGCGUUCUGGCAACCCGAGUACAUCUUCAUCGAUGCCGCGUUCCUCGAGACUCUGCCUGCGCGCGAGUUCUCGAAUGGCAUGGCGGAGGUUAUCAAGACCGCCGCGAUAUGGAACGAGAAAGAAUUUGCAGCACUCGAGUCGCGCGCCGCAGAGAUCUUCGCCGCGAUCCAGACGCCCUCCACCAACUUCGCCGGCCGCACCGAGUCCACGCGCUCCGCUGCGCAGGAGCUGCUCCUCUCCGUCAUCGCCGGGUCCAUCGGCGUCAAGGCGCACAUCGUCACCAUUGACGAGCGUGAGACCGGGCUCCGCAACCUGGUGAACUUCGGGCACACCAUCGGACACGCGAUUGAGGCGGUCCUCACUCCCGCGAUGCUGCAUGGAGAGUGCGUCGCCGUGGGCAUGGUCCUCGAGGCAGAGGUUGCACGUUCGCUCGGCAUUCUGAGUCAAGUGGCGGUUGGACGCCUCACACGCGUGCUCAAGGCGUACAAUCUCCCCGUCUCGCUCUCGGACCCGCGGAUCGCGAGCCUCCCCGCCGCGCGCGGGCUGUCCGUAACGAAGCUGCUGGACAUUAUGCGGAUUGACAAGAAGAACAGCGGCGUGCAGAAGAAGAUCGUCCUCCUCUCGCGCAUCGGCGCGACGUACGAGCAGAAGGCCACAGUAGUCGACGACGCGGUCAUUGCCAAGACACUCUCGGACGCCGUGAAGAUUGUCCCGGGCACACCGAGCAAGAGCCCGAUCCGGAUGGCGACUCCCGGCAGCAAGAGUAUCUCCAACCGUGCGCUGCUGCUCGCCGCUCUGGGCAGCGGCACGUGCCGGCUUAGGAACCUCCUGCACUCGGACGACACGCAGGUGAUGAUGAACGCCCUCGUCGAGCUCAAGGGCGCCACAUUCGAUUGGGAGGAUGGAGGCGAGACGCUCGUCGUCUCCGGAGGCGGCGGUGCGCUCUCGGUCCCCAAAGACAACAAGGAAAUCUACCUCGGGAACGCAGGCACUGCUGCGCGCUUCCUCACAACAGUCUGCACGCUUGUUGGGGCGGCGAAAGCGGAGCAGCGGACGAUCAUCACAGGCAACGCGCGGAUGAAGCAGCGUCCGAUCGGCCCCCUCGUCGAGGCGCUCCGCGCGAAUGGCAGCACGAUCGACUACGUUGAGUCCCAAGGCUGCUUGCCGCUAUCUAUCGCACCUGCAGGGCUCAAGGGCUCGCACAUUCGCCUGGCGGCGAGCGUAUCGAGCCAAUACGUGUCUUCGAUCCUGCUCUGCGCACCCUAUGCAGCGGAACCAGUCACGCUCGAGCUCACGGGGGGCCAGGUCAUCUCGCAGCCGUACAUCGACAUGACUAUCGCGAUGAUGAAGACGUUCGGCAUCGCCGUCGAGCGGCUUAGAGACUCCGAGACAGGCAAGCCCCUCGACGUGUACCGUAUCCCCAAGGGCACCUACACGAACCCCGCCGUAUACAACAUUGAGAGCGACGCGAGCAGCGCGACGUACCCGCUGGCGAUUGCGGCGAUCACCGGGACGACGUGCACGAUCGAGAACAUCGGAUAUGGGUCGCUGCAGGGCGACGCGCGGUUCGCGAAGGAGGUGCUCGAGCCGAUGGGAUGCGAGGUUGUGCAGACGGAGACGGAAACGACGGUGACGGGCCCGCCGGUGGGACAACUGAGAGCGAUUGGGCUAGUGGAUAUGGAGCCGAUGACGGACGCGUUCCUGACGGCGAGCGUGCUUGCUGCUGUUGCGACGAGGCCGCCUAAAGACGGGAGGGUGUUGAAGGACGGGAGCAAGCCGACUACGACACGAAUCAUAGGGAUUGCGAACCAGAGAGUUAAGGAGUGCAACCGUAUCAAGGCGAUGAUCGAUGAACUCGCCAAGUUUGGCGUGGAAACCAGCGAACUGGAUGAUGGCUUGGAGGUGUACGGCAAGCCCCUUGUUGAACUCAAGGAGGGGGCUAGUAUCCACUGCUACGACGAUCACCGUGUCGCGAUGGCGUUCAGUGUUUUGGGCAGUGUGGUCAAGGAUACCAUCAUCGAGGAAAAGCGCUGUGUCGAGAAAACUUGGCCCAACUGGUGGGAUGACCUUCUCAACAAGAUCGGUCUCGAUGUCGAAGGUGUUGAGCUCUCCUCUGAUAGCUCCCGGGCGUCGGUUAUCUUGAUUGGUAUGCGUGGAUCGGGCAAGACGUUCAUUGGUGAACUUGCAGCGAACGCCCUCGGCUGGCAAUUCAUCGAUGCCGACGUCGUCUUCGAGAAGAAGCAUCCCAUAGGCGUGCGCCAGUUCGUUCAGCAGAACGGUUGGCCUGCGUUCCGCGAGGAAGAGACGGCCAUCCUGCAGGAGCUCCUCGCGCAGCAUGGAGAAGGUCAUGUGAUCAGCCUUGGUGGAGGCAUCGUCGAGACUCCCGCCGCCCGUGACUUGCUCAAGGCAUACACCAAGAAGGGUCCUGUCGUUCACAUCGUGCGCGAGAUCGACGAAGUCAUUACCUAUCUUGGGGAGGAGACUGCACGCCCUGCGUACGGCGAGCCGGUCAUUGACGUCUUCAAGCGUCGUGAGCCGUGGUUCGCCGAAUGCUGCAGCCAUGAGUUCGUCAACUACACCGGAGUGCUCAACUCUAUCGAGGCGUCGGUGGAGGACGACUCGAAGUUGGCGCCUUCCGUCCUCAGCGUCCGCGACGAAGUCUUUCGUUUCUUCCAGCACAUCACCGGAUUGCAGCCCAACCUCGCACCGAAUCUCACGAAUGGGCGCAGGUCAUACUUCCUAUGUCUCACGUACCCCGAUGUCACCCUCGCCCUACCUCACAUCGAGAAGAUGACCGCAGGUGUUGACGCGGUGGAGGUGCGCGUGGACCUGCUUCGUUCGUCUGAGGACUAUGACAAGCUCGGUCCCUACAUACCUCCAACCGCCUACGUCACAGAGCAAAUUGCUGCGCUUAGGCAUAUGACAACUCUCCCCCUCAUUUUCACGGUCCGAACGGCUUCUCAAGGCGGACAGUUCCCAGACCAUGCCGAGAAGGAGGCGUUCGAGCUUUUCGUCACCGCCAUCCGUCUGGGUGUAGAGUACAUCGACGUUGAGAUCUCGUGGUCGGAGAAGAACAUUCGUAACCUCAUUGCUGGCAAAGGUCACUCGCAGAUCAUAGCCUCGUGGCACGACUGGAGUGGGAACAUGCGCUGGGACAGCAAGGCACUCGAUGAGAAGUACGGCGUUGCGCGAGAGUACGGGGACAUCGUCAAGAUCGUCGGCAAGGCCAACCGCCUAGAGGACAAUUUCGCUCUUCACAACUUCGUUUUACGCCAGCGGGCUACUUCCGAUGCUAAACCUAUCAUCGCAAUCAACAUGGGCGUAGAGGGCCAGAUGUCGCGCAUCCUGAACUCAACUUUCAGCCCUGUCACCCAUAACCUCUUGCCAACCAAGGCUGCUCCUGGCCAGCUGACGUUUGCCCAAAUCCAGACGGCACUUCAUCUACUGGGACAGCUCCCUGCGAAGAAGUUCUAUCUCUUUGGCACCCCCAUCGCGCACUCCAUGUCGCCUACACUACACAACACCGCAUUCGAGGUGCUCGGUCUCCCUCACAAGUACGAGCUAUUCGAGACAGAGACCGUUGGUGACGAGAUCAGGGCCGCCAUCGCAGCACCUAACUUUGGCGGGGCAUCUGUCACCAUCCCUUUCAAGCGCGAUAUAAUACCUCUCCUCGAUCGGCUCUCUCCUGAUGCUGAGGCGAUCGGUGCCGUGAACACUGUCAUCCCUGUACUUACGGCCGACGGCGCGGUUCAACUUGUUGGCGAGAACACGGACUGGCGCGGAAUCACUCACAGCAUCCGUCGUUCGCUUCCUCCAAGCGUCCUUAAGCCCGAGGCAGCGUUGAUCAUCGGCGCUGGGGGUACGUCUCGCGCGGCCAUCUACGCUCUGUGGAAAUUGGGCAUAGAAACCAUUUACCUCUUCAACCGCACUGCGAGCAGCGCGCAUGCCCUGGUCAACGCCUUCCCAGAUGUAAAUAUCAAGUUCAUUGCUGCGCUCGGUGCCUGGCCGGAUAACGGGCCUGCGCCGACAGUCAUCGUUUCGACCGUCCCAGCCUCCGCCACAUCGCUCGAUUCCUCGAAUAGCGAUGCUAUCCUCCUUACCAAGUCACUAUUCUCAGCGCCUACCGGAGGCGUUGUCAUCGACAUGGCUUACAAGCCUGCGGAGACGCCGUUGCUCGUGCUGGCCAGGAAUACGGGUGCCCAGUGGCGGAGAGUGAAGGGUGUUGAGGUACUGCUUGAACAGGGCUACCACCAAUUCCACCUAUGGACUGGACGCCAAGCUCCGAAGACCGUUGUCGCGGAGCGUCCUUCGGCCGACUGA